UUCAUCUUUCGAUUUUCUUCUCUGCUCCGCCACUUGUUGAUUCUCUCGCCUUUUCUUCCGCUAAGUUCAGAUUCCAUACCAAGCUCGAAAACCCUUCUCCAGCGACCAAACGCAGCUUUAAUUUCGAUGGCACAGGUUCGUGGUAUUUCGUCGGAGAAGUGGGAAUCCCUGUCAUCCGCAGUGGAUGAACUGGAAAACAAUCUGUGUGGAGGAUUUGACUGUAACAUUUGCCUGGAUCUUGUGCGGGACCCGGUGGUCACGUUCUGCGGCCAUCUCUACUGCUGGCCGUGCAUUUACAAAUGGAUUCAUUCCCAAAGCAGUUUUAACGAAGAUGGGGAUCUCCAACAGCCACAGUGCCCGGUUUGCAAGUCUGAAGUUUCUGAGAAAACUUUGAUUCCAAUCUAUGGCCGCGGCAUAACCUCAAAACCACAGCUUGCAGAAGGCAAGGCUGCGAAUCUUGGGAUCAUCAUCCCACAAAGGCCUCCUCCAAGUCCAAGACAUGAUGGGGUCAUCAGCGAUUCGCGCGAUCUCCACCAUCCAACUUACUCCCAACACGUGCCGACCUCCUCCCCAGCUAUGCUUAGCCUGAGCAGCAACUCCACAACCAAUGUGCUGAGCCAUCCGAUGAUUGGGAUGAUUGGGGAAAUGGUGUAUUCGGGCAUGUUUAGGAACCCGGAAACGGAUUUGUAUGGAUACCCGAACGCCUACCAUGUAUCUUCGGGUGGUGGUGGGACCAGUCCGAGAGUGCGAAGGCAGAUGCUGGAGGCCGAUAGGUCGCUGGGAAGGGUGUGUUUCUUCAUUUGUUGCUGUGUGGUGAUAUGUCUUCUCUUGUUUUGAUCACUCUCUUAUUGUUAUUUGUGAAAAGUUUAAUUCCCCUUGACCCUUUUAGUGCAAAUGAUGGAUACAAGGCAUCCUUCUUUGGUUUAUAGAGAGCUUGCAGAAGCUGUAUACUCCCCAAUAUUAGAAUGAUGAUGAAAAUGGCUAUGGUGUUUGUUCUCUUGUGCACCUUGGUUGCUUCUCUAUUAUCUCAUAUAUUGUGAAUUUGUAAUUUCCAAUAGUAAGAGAUCAUCUUUACAUUAUAUGUAUGGUUCAUAUUAAGGAUAUGUGAGUACUUAGCAGAAAAAGUGAGGUACAUUGCAAUAAUUUUUGGUGCAGGAU